UAAAGGCUGGAGAGGUAAAAAUCUCCCCGUUAUUGAGUAUGUUCGACCGCCUGGAGCAACAGGACCGGAGCCAUCGGACCCAGACAUCAAACAGAAAAGAGCGAAAAUAAAGGAGAUGAUGCAGUUUGCCUGGGAAAACUACAAGCGCUACGCCUGGGGCGCCAAUGAGCUGCGGCCCAUCUCCCAGCAAGGACACUCCAGCAAUUUGUUUGGGAGUCUUAAGGGGGCCACUAUUGUGGACGCCCUGGACACACUCUACAUCAUGGAGAUGGACGACGAGUUUGAGGCUGCCGCAGAGUGGGUGGAGAACAAUCUGGACUUCAACAUGGUAAGAAAAAACACAGAGAUCUCGGUGUUUGAAGUGAACAUUCGCUUUGUGGGAGGGCUGCUGUCGGCCUACUAUCUCUCAGGCAAAGAGGUGUUCAGGCAGAAGGCUGUGGAGUUGGGGGAGAAACUGCUGCCUGCGUUCAAGACCCCCACAGGCAUCCCCUGGGCCCUGCUCAACAUGAAGAGUGGUAUCGGGCGUAACUGGCCGUGGGCGUCUGGUGGGAGCAGCAUCCUGGCGGAGUACGGCACGCUGCACCUGGAGUUCAUGCACCUCAGCAAACUGUCUGGGAACCCCAUCUUCGCCGAGAAGGUUAUGAACAUCCGGAAAGUUCUGAAACGCCUUGAGAAGCCAUCUGGCCUGUACCCCAACUACCUGAACCCCAACAGCGGCCACUGGGGUCAACAUCAUGUGUCGGUGGGUGGACUGGGUGACAGCUUCUAUGAGUAUCUGCUAAAGGCCUGGAUCAUGUCUGACAAAACAGACGAGGACGGGAAAGCACUCUAUUAUGAAGCUCUCCAGGCCAUAGAGAAGAACCUGAUCCGCAAGUCUGGUGGGGGUCUGACCUACAUAGCGGAGUGGAAGGGGGGUCUGCUGGAGCACAAGAUGGGUCACCUGACCUGCUUCGCCGGCGGCAUGAUCGCUCUGGGCGCCGACGGAGCUCCUGACCAGCAGACGGGUCACCACAUGGAGCUGGCCGCCGAGAUCACCCGCACCUGCCACGAGUCCUACGCACGCACCAAUCUGAAGUUGGGUCCAGAGGCGUUCCGUUUUGACGGGGGUGUGGAGGCCAUUGCCACGCGUCAGAAUGAGAAGUACUUCAUCCUGCGGCCGGAGGUCAUCGAGACCUACAUGUACAUGUGGAGGUUCACCCACGACCCCAAGUACAGGCAGUGGGGCUGGGAGGCUGUGCAGGCUCUGGAGCAGCACUGUAGGGUGGAGGGGGGCUACAGUGGUGUGAGGGACGUCUACGCCUCCAGCCCCAACCACGACGACGUGCAGCAGAGCUUCUACCUGGCAGAGACGCUCAAGUACCUGUAUCUGCUGUUCUCUGAGGAUGACCUCCUGCCGUUUGAGCACUGGGUGUUCAACACAGAAGCCCACCCUCUUCCCAUCAUCAAGAAAGAGACCAGUCACCAGGCCAACGAGGUGGAGUAACCCCAUCCGUGACCUGAACUCUGACCUUUGCCCCCUGAGAUGGACCUCCAUAUGCCCUCUUUAAGAGACCUCGGGUGGGGGCCUGGCGUGGGUGUUGUAUUUAUGAUCACUGGACUUAGACCUGGAGCUGGGUCUCCAAGACUGGAGCCUGUGGACCGACGUCCAUCAGGACUAGAACAAGACCAGGGGUCU